UGGACGCGCCAGACGCGGCGGCGUGACGCGGUGAACGACGUCGACGACGCUGGGAACCGCUGGAUCGCGCUAAGGGCGCGGGGGGGAUCCACGCGGACGGAAGAAAGAGAGAGAGAGAGAUAGAAAGCUACGGCUUCGAGUUCCGCGGUGGCGACUAUGCGCGUCAUCGAUCGCGCGCACCUCCGCGAUCGGUCGGAGAUGUGAUACCGGAAGUAGGCCAGGCAGGGUUGACCUGCGUGGGCGUGCAGGUACGCGACGUACGGGUGCGUGCGUGCGUGCCGUGCAUAGGCCGCAGGUGUGCCGCGUGGACCCGCGGAGGGGGGCCAGCAGUCGUAGAGAUGAGCGUCGCCGCGACAACCUGCCCGUCGCCGACGUACCCGACGUAUCGGACGUCGGGGACCAACCCCUGGUGCAGUACCACCGCUGUGCGGCUGCUCUGCGUCGUCUUGGUCUCCUCUUGGAUUAUCCUCGAUCAGCCAGCCCUGGGUCUACCGAAUCCCUCGGAGCUCACAACUGUAGAAGAUCUAUCCGAUAGAGGUAAGAAAAAGUUUGGCGACGAUUGUCUGGUGGACAAAGAAUGCGGCUUCGCUGGUUCCUAUUGUGAACCAAAGAAGAACAAGUGCGCUUGCAAGGAAGAAUUUGAAGCCACGAACCAUAUCGACAAGUGCGGACACGCGGCGAACGUGAACGAGUCCUGUUUCUUCCACGAGCAAUGCGAGGCGCGGGUGAUCCAAACGGAAUGUCGCGAUGGUCGAUGCAUCUGCCUCUUCGAGAAAGUCCCGAUGACGCAAGGAGACGGUGUAAUAACCUGCGUAGCCGAGGUCAAACAGACAACCAGCCUCCGGUACAUCGAUCCAGCGAUGAUCGGCGUUCUCAUUGGCAUGGCACUGAUGUUUGUCAUCAUCUGCGUCGUUCUUAGACUUUUUAGCAAUGCUCGCUGGCGAGAGAACCGCACUAUCUUUAAUACACCCAACGCUCGAUUGAUGAACGUCUCACUGCUGAGAGAGAACAAACUCUUACACACUCAAGAGAGACGCGGUUCGAGAGCAAGUGUACGAGCUCCAUCGAGGCAACCCUCGAUGGUAUCUUUGAGGGCCCAUUCACCGAACGCCUCGCAAGGUGCGAAACACUCUCACCACUCACAGCACAGAAUGAGCCGGUCACGCACAGGAUCGCGACGUGGGAGCCACAACAGCAGCGGGAACGCUUCGGCAGCCUCGGUGAAAUCUAAUAAAUCUCCGAAUCAUACGAACAACGUCACCGACCCGAUCCUGAUGGAGAACGUCACCGUCGAGAUUCGCAACGCGAAUGCAUAAAAUAGGACCGUCUUAGCACAAACGAUCUGAUCGACAACACAUUCCCGUUUAUCACUAGCCCAACGUAGAUUAACGCGGCGCUACACAUCGCAUAGUUCGCCGUCCGUAAAUAAAUCUUCGACCCGCGCGUAUAUAAAUUGGCCCGCUCCGCGUUUCCGUUCAAUGGGCUGAGAAACGAAAAUUUAACGUUCGAUAAUGCAAAUAUCAUUGGUAAA